GGAAAAGAUUUUGGUCACAUGGCCACGCAGUCAUUCUGAAAGUAUGCUGGUGGGGGUACUGCCCACAGAAAUGUGAAAGCCCUUCACAGUGAGCGGCCGCGUCCACGCAGCGAGCAUCGUUUUCACAGCCCGGAGUCAAUCGGCAACAUCUGGCCGGUGGAUUCGAAACAGGAGGCGAGCGGGUGACGACAGCAGAAAUGUCUCAAAGCGCAGCCUCCGCUGAGGAAAGCACCUCAUCUCCAUUCUCCAACAGCUCUGCCAUCCCAGUCGACAGCUCCCCCGACACCUCUGUGCUGGACAAAAUCGCAGCCAGCGACAUAACCUCCAGAGCGAACUAUGUCUACAGUUUCUUUGCAGGUCUGGGAUUCGUGGCCGGCUGCUUUCUGCUCUACGGCUUGGUCCAGACGUACAGGGCACACAGGCGGCUGGCCUGGCUCGACUGUCUGCUCUGGGCCUUCUGUGGCGUCCAGCUGCUGCUCCUGCUCCUCUCUCUCCAUGCUGUGGCCUACAGACCCGACUACCUGGAGACCACGGCUCUGGGCUGCGCUGCUCUCUCCUUCGUCAUCAACACGGCCUCCCUGUGCGGCCUGUUUGUGUUAGUGCUCAUGGUCUAUGUGCUGACCCUCGAUCCGCCAUCCAACGCCCUGCUGAGGAAGCCCGGGGCCUGUGUGGCUCUGGUGAUCCUGACUUCUGUCCUCAUCUCCCUGAUGCUGGCUGCGAUUCGAGGGCCCAGCGAGGGCCUGCAGGAAACAACAGAGUGUUUUAUGGAUCCAGUCCAAGCUGGGGUUUCGUAUGCAGCCUCUAAGGUGUGUCUGGCUUUUCUGAUUCCCUACAUCCUCCAAUUAGGACUUCUGAUAUGCGGCGGCGUCCGGCAGUGGAAAUCUAAAGGUCGCUUCCUCUCCGGCUCCGAGGAGGGUCCCGUGUUCCUGGCUGUCACCGUGGUCACGUUUCUCUGCCUGCUGUUCUACAGCGUGGCGCUGGUCAGGGGAGCACGGCUGCAGAGCGAGGGGGGGCUGAGCCACCACGAGCAGGCGUUUCUGAACGUGGCCGAGUUUGUGCUGUUCUCGGGGAGCAGUGCCAGCCUGAUGCUCGUACUCUUCAUGCACCGGCCCAGUCGGGAGAGUCUCCACGGGGCGUUGAGGCAACUGAGUGACUGCUGUCGAAACCCAGGGCGCACGCAGCCCAACAGAAACAUCAUUGCUCCACAUAUAGAGAUCACAGACACCCUGCAGGACAUUGAGUGAUAGGCCACAAAAAACUCUCUCUCUUUUGCAAUAAACGAACGACCUCUCAUAUGAUGUAUUAGACAUUUUCUUUCUUUACUUCCACCAAGGAGCUUUCCACCCCUGUCCGUUUGUUUGAAGACAUUUCCAUGAAACUUGGUGGAAGCAUGUGUUAUGGAUCAGGGAGGAACGAAUGUACUUUUAAGUGCUUUUUUGGGACAUUUCAUCAUCAGGUAUAUUCAGGGAACUGAUAUCUAUGAGUGUGUAUAAAUUUGUUCAGCUUGAAUUGGGGGACGGAUGGGCCUUGGCAGACGUAAGCACUCUACUGAGGGCCAUUGUAGUUCUGCAUUGUAAUUGUGCGACUAUGUACAUGCAUGUGUUUACAAAGCUAUUUUCUGUACAUGUGUAUUUUACAAAAAAUAAAUGUGUUGCUAUACAUCCUUGGAACUAUAAAACAUAUUUGCAUUUUAUACAGUUUACUCUUUAGGAAAUAAAGAAAUUAAAAUGCCAUUGUACAAUA